AUGAUCAUCUACAAGGAUGUCAUCACCGACGACGAGAUCAUCUCGGAUGUCUACGACCUUAAAGAUCUCGGAGUCGUAUACGAAGCGGACUGCAAAAAGAUCACUCUCGGCACCGACAACAUCGACAUUGGCGCCAACCCGUCCGCAGAGGAGGCCGAGGAGGGCGCAGAAGACAAGGCCCAGACCGUGAUCGACGUAGUCCAUUCCUUCCGCUUAAACGAGACGAGCUUCGACAAGAAGGCGUAUCUAGGGCAUCUGAAGGAUUACAUGAAGAAGGUCAAGGCGGCGAUGAAGGAGAGGGGCGAGAGCGACGCGGCAAUCCAAGAAUUCGAGAAGGGUGCGCAGGCGAAGGCAAAGGACAUUGUGGGUAAAUUCAAGGAUUACGAGUUCCUGAUCGGCGAGUCGAUGGACCCCGAUGGAAUGGUCGUACUGCUCAACUAUCGCGAGGAUGGCAUUACACCAUUCGUGACGAUCUGGAAGCACGGCCUAAAAGAAAUGAAGGUUUAG